ACCGCUGGUUGUGGAGGAUCGCUGUCUGUGCAUCAGAUAAACGAGAUAAAUAGGCUCAUAUUAAUAAAUCUUAACUUGAGAGCCAAGUUUUUCACGGCGAAAUCUGCUGAUGAUCGUCUCUCGGAAUAACGGCUGAAGUCGAAAAAAUUUCUUCCGCGUUCACUCUCGCUGAAAGUUUGUCUUCUUCAGCAGUGCAAAGAUGGACGAAUUACCAUUCCUGAUAGGGAUCAUCCUAUCCAUCAUCACAGUCCUCAAUUUUUCCCUCCACAAACUAGAGGAAGGCCAUGUCGGAGUUUACUACCGAGGUGGAGCUUUGCUGCAGCAAGUGAGCAACCCUGGUUUCCACAUGAUGAUUCCAUUCAUCACCUCAUACAGGGCUGUACAAGUCACUCUGCAGACUGAUGAAGUGAAAAACGUGCCAUGUGGUACAAGUGGUGGUGUGAUGAUCUACUUUGAUCGGAUCGAGGUUGUGAAUGUGCUCAGUGCCGAUAGUGUUUAUGACAUUGUCAAGAACUACACUGCCGACUACGACAAAGCUCUCAUAUUCAACAAAGUGCAUCAUGAGUUGAAUCAGUUCUGCAGCGUGCACAGUCUCCAAGAGGUUUACAUCGACUUGUUUGACCAAAUUGAUGAGAACCUGAAGGUGGCUCUACAAAGGGACCUGAAUGAGAUGGCGCCAGGACUGUACAUUCAGGCAGUGCGAGUUACAAAGCCAAAAAUCCCAGAGCCAAUCAGGAAGAACUAUGAGCUGAUGGAGGGAGAGAAAACAAAGCUUCUCAUUUCCAUCCAACACCAGAAGGUGGUUGAAAAAGACGCUGAGACCGAGAGGAAGAAGGCCAUCAUUGAAGCUGAAAAGGAAGCCCAGGUGGCCAAAAUCCAGUUCCAGCAGAAGAUCAUGGAAAAGGAGUCGUUCCAGAGAAUGUCUCAGAUUGAAGAUGAAAUGCAUCUUGCCCAGCAAAGGAGUCGUUCAGAUGCAGAGUUUUACCAGAUGCAGCGGCAGGCAGAGGCAAACAACUUGCUGCUGACCCCACAGUACUUGGAGCUGCGCAAAUACGACUCUAUCUCGAAGAACAAUAAGAUUUACUUUGGAAGUCAGAUUCCAAGCAUGUUUUUGAAUGGAGGCUGCAGUUCAGAGAAGUUUGAGAACCUUUACGCGGCGGCGUCCGAGCCAAAGUCAGAAUCAGUCGAGUAAUUGUUUUUUGUCCGUGACAUUGUGCCUUCGCACAUUUUCUCUAGGAUUGUUGCAUAGAAAUUGGAAUUAACUUGUACAUUACAGUCAGUGGCCUCAAAAAAGUUGAAACUUGCCAAACCCCCAUCUUUUCAAACUCGAAUAUUUCAGGUUAAAAUUUGAACAUUUGUAUCAAAUCUUAGUAAUCGAGUAGGGUUUUUAGACUGGAUUGAUUUGAUUGGCCAUUGCUCUGAAUCGAGAUCUCGAGUGCUGUAGAAAAUAGAGUGAUUCGUUGGAAGACGCCCGUACAAUCCUAUUCCAUUCUCUCUUGAAGCCUUUUAAAUGACUCAAAACGAUAAAUAAUUAGUACCUCUAAUAAUUGUCGAGACCAAUAUGAAUCAGGAAUUUAACAACACAAGAGCCGAAUUAAAUUAAAAGUUGUGAGAUAGGAGUAACUAGCAGUAAUCCCAUUCAAAGGUGUUUGCACUUCUGGCCAUUGUUGUUCAAAGUCGAAUUUCAAGAGUUUCUCUAAAUCCAUGCAAUGGCCAACUCUCUCUUGGAACAAAGACAAAUAUCGGACCAGAACUGCAGCACAAUAUUCCUUGAGCUGGGAAACUUGCCGUACCACUGUACCAGAAAUUUAUCAAAGUAGAUUUCUAGUGAAAGCCUAAAUACCAUUCUGCAGGUGUUUGUUGUAAUGUUAAAGAGAUUUCCCAUUAAAGUCCCAACGCCAACAUUUGUGAUUGUCAGAUUCUUGUGAUUUGAAGUUUUAAUGCUAACAUUUUUUCCAAAUCUCAACUUGUCACUUUGAAAUUACUCUCUCAUAAAAUUAUACGUUUUUUUCUGUAACCACAUUCAAGUGUGAAAACUUUUCAUGUUGCCAAUAAACUUUUUAAGAUGUUCAAAUCUUA